ACAGGUCGACUAGAAGGACAAGUCUAGCAAACUAGUUAUCACUGGUUACUAGUUAUCACUAGUUAUCGCUGGUUAUGCUCUUCUAGUUGAACAACAGUUUCACUAGCAAGAGGAACGCUGUGUGAAUGUUGACAGUGUAGUGUCCAAACUAUCAUCGAAACUUUUGUGUUGUCUUUGUAAACAGAGCACACAAUGGAGGGAACCGACGGCACAGAGGGAGAAUCCUGUUCGGUAACAAGUGAGCCUGCCCCCGAGGACAUGACGACCAACUCCCCCUGCCCCUCGUGCGAGGAUCCUGUCCUCUCGGAUGGACAGAGCUCAGUGGACGAACUGUGGUGUAACUCUCAGGCAUCGGCCAUUGAGAACAGAUGCAAAGAGUUCACAAGCAAUGGUACCGAGGAACAGCCCCAACUUCUCUGCCAGCUUUGUGAAGAGGAUUCCCCUAGAGUAGCCGUUAAAACCUGCACGGUCUGCGCGGUACGGUACUGUGAACCGUGUCUGGCUCUAACCCACCCACCACGCCCACCGUUUUCCGAACACAAGCUCAUCAACCCACGGCCUUCGUUUAAAAAGACCGUGAUGUGCCCCGACCACCCCAGCAAACCAGUGGAGAUGUACUGUGUGCAGGACCAGACUCCCGUCUGUCUGCUGUGUGAGAAGGUGGGCAGACAUAAGCAGCACAACAUGGCGGCCCUGGAGGAGGUGUUCUCCCAGAGACGGGCCGAGCUGCAGGCCUGGGUGGACCGCAUGGGGGCGUGGUUGACACAUGGGGAGGAGAAGGUCCGGAGGCUUCAGGAGAAACAAGAGAGUGUUAAAACCAGCGCCGCGGAACUGAAGUCCAGGAUCGAGAAGGAAUGCGACGACUUGGUCGACCGCAUCAGCAAGCGUAAUACCGAGAUGGACCGCCAGGUGGCGGAAGCCAGCAAUGUCGACACGACAAAUCUCGCGAGACUGAUACGAGAUGUUCAGGACAACAUCCCCAAGGCGCAUGCGUCGCUGAGCAAGGCCGAAGACUUACUCCACGAAACAGACCAUGCUAAUUUUCUGCAGUCAUCGGUGUCGGUUAUGGCCGAGAUCCACAGAAUGGUUCCAAUAUUUGGCAUGAAUAUCGAGAACGUCUCGUGCUCCAUUGACAAGCUAACCGUUGACUUCAGUCAGCAAAAACAGGUUGUAGAAAACAUAAACAUAUACAAGAGGUAUAUCCCUACAAUGUUUCCUUCCCCGCAUGGUUUCCCCAGAGCUAUGAGUCCAUAUAUACAGCAGCAUGCGCCGUUAGCUACAGCAGGUUUUCCUGUUGUUCACGGGCCCCCUUUUCAUGCAUAUCCCUCGACUUCAGCACCAGGGUUCAACACAGUACCUGCAGUGCAGUGCACAUGCCCGCCGCAAGGGUACCAAGGAACAUUUAAGAUCCGUCAACCCCCAAGUCAAGUCCAAGGACAACCCGUAUCAUCGCUUGCUCACGGGGGCUAUCUUCAGAAUGUACCCGUCGCGACGUGUCCUCCUUUUGUAGGAGCAGCCCCUAGCGCCCAACAGCCGGUCUCUACUUGCCCCCCUCUCGUUGGAGCGCCGCCCAGCGGCCAACAACAGGUCGCAACGUGUCCGCCUUUCAUAGGAGCGCCUCCUAGUGCCCAACAACCACCUGUGCAGCCAACAAUCUUGCAUGAUCUUUGCAGUGCGUCUAUGGAAGAAGUCAACAUUGUCUGGCAAGCUGUCUACAACGCUGAUGAGUAUCAGGUACGAUACACGCUUGAAGACCGUCAAGUGGCCGCAGUUGUGCAUGCCUGCUCGUUCACGGCCACGCAUUUGAAGCCUGCUACAGUAUACAGGUUUGAGAUUCGAGCAAGAAAUGUAGCUGGGUCAUCACAGCCGAGUGUAACCUGCCUGGCUACGGAAGGGAAGGGGUUCAAGUUCAGGUUCGAUCCGAAAACGGCAGGACGGUUUCUCGCAUUUUCCGGCCAAAAUACACGCGUGACGGUAGCAGCCCCUGGGGACAAGCCGAGCGGUUCACCGGCGAGAUUCACCGAUGGGAACACAGUUUUGGGAGACAAACAAGUCACCAGCGGCCGGCAGUACUGGGAAGUGUCUACAGGCGGCGCUGGCUCCCACUACGCCGUUGGUGUCGCCUACGCGAGCAUGCCCAGAGACAGGGACAUCCGGGACACCACCAAGUCAUGGGCGUUCGUCCAACACGAGAAGACGCAGACGUUUCAUCACAACGAGGUGACCAUCUUCCGCACAGAAGCGGACACCGUGCCGUCCAAGAUCGGCGUGCUCUUGGACUACGACGCCGGGCAAAUCAGCGUACAUGAUGCGGACAGAAGAACCGUCAUCUACACACACAAGACCACGUUCACAGACCCAGUCUACCCGGCUUUCUCCCUGUGGCAAGGCUCUCUCCAGCUCUAUACUGGACUGGAGAAACAGCAGACCAUCGGCCAGUUUGCAGAGAAAGAAGAAGAAGAACCCCUGACGGCCGCCAUCUUAUCCACUUUGCCGCCUCAGGAGCAAAAGCAAAUGUUGGGGGAACGGAUCUUUCCAAUCGUCCAGGUGUCACAUCCUAAACUUGCCGGUAAGAUCACCGGCAUGCUGCUGGAAAUCGUCAACGACGAGCUGCUGAAAAUGUUGGACAAUCGUGAGGAUCUGAACGCUAAGGUUGAUGAGGCUGUAGCCGUGCUGAGUGUCCACAAAGCGAGCUUAAAGGAAAAGCGCAUCGGCGAGCCAUCUGAAAAUGGAAAAUAAACGCGUGUCUGGUCACGGACGGGAUCCGGCUCUCCAGCAAGUCUCAUUUGCAUACUCGGGACAAUUUACCAACGUUUGGUAGAGUGGCGUCACGUGACUAGUUGAACGCGUCCAUCAUUUUGCUUGUCGAAAUUUUAAAAUUUUGGUUUCGGUGGUAAAUGUGUUGCUUACAGUGCCAGUGGCAUGGGCGGGACUACUGGUGUAGUUAUGGAAACAAUGUGUGCUAUUUCCAUUGCAAGUGCCUCAGAAAGCAGACUUGUCGGGGACCAUUUUGCCUGAAAGCCUUUGCUACGUCCACCUAAAAGUUUCUCAACCACCAUUAUUUAGCUCUAUGGUACUAGUAAGUAAGUGAUGACACAGUUGAAUACAAGAUUACGACAUCAAA